CUCGUUUACCAUAUCCACAGGUACGAAUCGACUAAUUGGUAGUUAGGAUCCUAGUGUGAUAUCUCAUAUAAUGCACAGGAAUAUGACUGUCUUAAAGACCUUGAGCUCUGGAUCUCUGAGCUAUUUAGAUGUUUGCUGUAGUUCAGUGAUGGUGAUUUUUGAUGUAAUACAUUGUCACACUUAAUCGACAAGUCACUUGUCAUUACCUUCACUUCCACUUUUUUCACAUACUGUUCUGUAUCUCCGUUAAUGACUCCCCAGAAUUUUCCAUGGUUGCCCAAGAAGAGCACUAGAUUCUGCAGUUUGCUAACAUCGUUCAGGAAAAGGAGGAUUUUCUAGACCCUUUUUUGAGAAACCCCACUAACUACAGUUUUUCCUUGGUGUUAUGUAAACUCCACUCUGCUUCUGUCCUAGAUAAAAUCCGUAAUGGAGGCCUGGAAUGUAUAGUCGAUUCCAACAUUUGUAAGCUCUUGCGAUGUGUAAGAAUUUGUGACUUCAAUAACACUACAAAUGAACAUAUCCCGCUGUGGUAGUUUCUCAUGUCGAAGCUAUGUGCUCUUCACUUCCCACAAAAUCGAAUUGGCUCGCAGUAUUUCUGUGCGUGUACGUUUCGCACCAAGUCCUACAGGCUUUAUGCAUUUGGGCGGCUUGCGUACUGCUUUGUUUAAUAAAUUGUUUGCCGUAAAACAUUCGGGAAAAUUCAUACUACGCAUUGAGGACACUGAUAAAUCUAGGUUGCAGCCAUAUGCUCAAGAGGAUAUAAUAGAAUCGCUUAACUGGUGUGGAUUAAUACCUGAUGAAGGUCCCUUUGUUGGUGGAGACUAUGGCUCAUACAUUCAGUCUGAGAGAAAAUCCCUAUACUCGACUGUUGCACAAAAGCUGAUUAAUGAAGGAUUUGCAUAUCGGUGUUUUUGUUCACCAGAACGACUAGCUGUUCUACGCAAUGAGCAAAGUCGUCGCAAUGAACCACAACGUUAUGAUAAUCGUUGUCGUAAUCUAUCUGAAAAAGAAAUUGAAAAAAAUUUGUCAUCAGGCCUCCCAUAUACUAUUCGUUUCAAAACUGAUCACUCACCGGUUGCAGUGAAUGAUAUUAUCUUUGGAAAUUCAGUUUUUCCUUCAUCCAACAUUGAUGGUGACUUUAUUAUUAUGAAGUCAGAUGGCAUGCCUGUUUAUCAUUUGGCCAAUGUAGUAGAUGAUCAUUACAUGGAAAUUAGUCAUGUCAUUAGAGGUGUUGAAUGGCUAACGUCUACACCUAAACACUUGUUACUGUACAAAGCUUUGAAUUGGUCACCUCCACAAUUUGCUCAUCUUCCUUUACUGCUCUCCAGUUCUGGUGGUAAACUGUCUAAACGCUCUCCAGAGUUCUCUCUUAUCGGUAAUGUUCUCAGUUUGCGUAAAGCCGGUUAUUUACCAACUGCUGUUCUAAAUUGGUUAACAUCCACUGGAGGUGCCGUUCAUCAAAAUGCUGAAAAUACAACAGAUUCCAAUGGUAACUAUUCAGAUAGUUGGAAUCCUGAAUUACAAUUCUCUGAAUUAGUGUCCCAAUUUGAUUUGACUAACAUCAAUCGACAUAAUGCCCAGUUAUCAGUAGAUUUAUUGAAAAUAUGCAGUCGAUUGCAUUUUGAUAAAGCUGUGGACACUGCAUUGGAUUACUGUAUAACAUAUCAACAUCAAAAUGGCCAAGCUAUGUAUAAAACUCCACAUAUAUUAAACACAAUAGGCGAAUAUUUACAGUUAAAUGCAGGUACAUCGUUUCCCAAAAGCAAUUGUAUCCAAGAUGAUAUACGCAUGCUAAAACGGUUACAUCUCUUAAAAGGUCGUAUUCAUUGUUUGAAAGAAUUGACUACCACUGACAAUGGUUUCUUAUUUAUAUGGAAUCCCCCUGAUCCAGUUGUGUGCCAAAAAGAUAUAAUUAAUAGUCAUCUCGUUAAAAUUUCUUUGGAAGAUAUACUCAGAGUCUUCGAAUAUUUUGUGGAAGAGAUGAAUUGUAUUCCUUCAGAUGUUAGCACCAACUUGACUUCUAGUACUAUAGCCACUUAUCUACAGAACGUGUGCUGUCGUUCAGGUGUGAAACGUAACAUUGUAAUGCAUUUAAUAAGAUCCGGUCUUAUAGGAUCUGAGGUGGGCAGCCCUGUUGUUGAACUUAUCCAACUGUUGUCUGUAUCAGAAUCGAUUGACCGAAUAAGCAAGCUGCAUAACGUUUUAUCACUGAACCAAGGUCACCAGUCUAAUGAAGCUGUUUAAAGAAUAUUUCAUCAUUUGUAUUACCGGCUAUUUCAUUAAUCUGUAUAUUAUGAUCGAUUUUACUUUAUAACUAAUGAUAUGUCUUACCGAUGACUUGCGACCUUUUGAUGUAAUCAUUCCGUAUUUUGACAGAUGAUUACCGAACAACUUUCAAACAUGGACCUACAGUAGUGGGUUUCAGUACAGUAAACGGCAUUAUUUUUUUUCACAAAUGUAACUUGGGUAGUUAUUAUGGUUUCAAAACUGCUGUAGGCGCUAACCAUGCACGUCAGCCACCAACGUUCUACAACUUCCUAGUUGAUUCCCGACCCAAUCAAUUAAUGGAGAAAACACAGUGAGACGAGUAGAAACAUGUAUUCACAUCAAAGUAAUCAACAAAACGAGAAUAUAUCUAAGUAUAUACAUAAUAGUAUUGAUUACUUGAUCGUCCGCCAGUCUAACUGUAGACGCAAUUUACACAUUACAUUUUGAUUGGUGGAUUUCCGGCUUAGUUCGUUCGACCCACUUAUCAGUAAUAGUAAUUACUGACCAGUGGAAUCCAUUGAGUUAGCAGUGACUUUACUGAAGUAGUCUUACUAUGCUGGGAAUUAAGUGAUCUUUAAGAUACAAAUCACUCUGCUCCAGGUCACCCGAUCACCGAAUGUUGGCUUUUG